AUGAAUUUAAUUACAGUAUAUUUAUGUUUUAAUAAAAUAAAUGCCUUAAAAAUAUUUUAUAUUUUUAAUUAUUUUUUAGUCUUCAAUUUAUUAAUCCCACAAUUUUGUAGUCAUCAUUUUAACCUCUUUAAAACACUAAAUUCAAGAGUAGAAGUUCAGUUCAUUCAAAGUCUAAAGAAAAAAGAUAAUAUUGUAUUCAUUCAUAUCUACGUUAUUAGCACUAUAUGUUUCAUCUACAUUUGGAAUAGGAUUAUGAUACACAAAAAAAGAAAGCAUAAAUCUUUGUAUGAUAUGAAUUUGGAUAACUCAGGAAAUAAGAUUGAUUUUUCUAGAUAUGCUUGGAAUAGCAAGUAUUUAGGAAAAUUAGUGGCUAAUAUUGUGGACGAUGUAAUAGAAAAAAGGGUAUAAUAUAGAAAAUCCCUUAAAAAAGGAAUAUUUAAUUUAAAGAAAGUGACACCAUCUAUCGAAACCAUAAAAAAGUAUAUAAUAUAUUCUGCAGACGAAAAAUGCGUGAAACUUUCUGAUUGUCAAAUGAAGGAAAUAGAAAUAAUGGCAUAUUAUUGCUUAUACAAUAUCAAAUUUGUAUCUUUCCCUAAAAAAGUUAAUAUGAGUGUUCUCCAUGAAUAUGAAUAA